AUGUCAAAUUUUGAUAUUCGACGUUUAUAUGUUUCACGUACGUGUACUCUAUUAUUUUAUGCAUAUAAUGUCGCCGGUGUUGCAGUUCCAUUUGCUUUUGUUACUUUUUCCAUUAAUCGAUUAUGUCUUAUGGUUUAUCAUGCAAAACCUUUCUUCAAGAAAAAACGAUGGUUGAUUAUAUGUAUUAUAUGUCAAUGGAUAGGUGAAUUUAUUAUUUCAUUGCCAUCUAUUUUUCGAAAAGAACCAUAUUGUAAUACUGAAUUAUGGGGAAGAAUUUAUACAUGUAUGAUGGCUGUUUUUGUACCUUCAUUUAUCAAUAUUAUGCUAAAUAUUGCUAUAUUUAUUCGUGUUCGAUCUGUUACUCGUCGUGUUCAACCUCGAACGAAUAAUACAUCAGAAAAUUCUAAUCGUAUUCAACAAGCAAGAAUUAGUCGUCGAGAGAUUUUUUUAUUACGGCAAAUGAUUUUCAUUUUUUUGACAUUUAUUAUAGGUUGGACUCCUGUUUAUAUUGUUAAUAUUAUCAAUCCAAUUCUGCACAUUCAUCCAAUUAUUUCUCAACUUAGCAUAUUAGUAUGUGAGGUGUCUUUAUUAAGUAUCAUUAUAAAUUUAUUUAUGUGGAAUCAUGAAUUAAGACAAUAUUUCUUCAAUAAAAUUCGACAUUGUUUUGGGUAUAUUUAGAAGUGUUAUAAAACUUUAUGUGAUGAAAAUUUUUUGUAUAGAUGUAUUCUUAAUCUAAAUAAAUGUAUAUGCUUGUAAAUUGCUUUUAAGACUUUUUUUCUUUUGAAUUAAAUAAUUUGCUUUAAUGAUAAUCUUGAACAUUUUUUGAUAGUAAUCAAUAAUUCAUAAUGAUUUAUUAACUAGUGAAGAUCUUCCCAGAUUGAUGAAUACGAAGACUGUAUAUGAUCGUAUUUUGAUUCUAUAUGGUAAAAAUAUGAUUCUUUAGCCGUAUAUUGUAUCCACUUCCAUCACCAAACUAGAAAACGAAUUUAUUCUCUUAAAUUGUCUUCGAUUCUAUAUCCUUUAGGGGUGGGAUAUUUACUUUACUUUUUAGUUACUUUACCAAAGUAAAGUAACUAAAAUAGUUACUUAGUUACUAGUAACUAAGUAACUACAUAUUUACUUAGUUACUAGUAAAUAGUAACUACAUAGU